AUGGAAAUUCUUAUUAGAAGAAAGUCAACAAAAGAAGAAAAUAACAAUCUUUUGCGAGACAAUCACAGCAGUUCAAGCGAAAAGACGUCGAGAAAGCCAGCAGAGAGAAAAUUUACUAUUCUAUCUGACAACGUCAACUAUCCCAGUUUUGCUGAUAACGAUGACAACGGAAGGAAGGAAGGACGGAAAUUUCGGUCCCAUCACAUUGUCGUCUUCACUUCUUAA